CCUUCCCGUACCUUCCUCUUCCUCCCGAGACGCAACGCAAUCUCUCCCUCCUUCCUCUACUCUACCACCGGCCGCCGCCUGCCGCCGGCGCCCCGAUCCGGCCGCCCCCUCUCCCGCGCCCUCCACGCCUCCGCCUCCAUCUCCACACGGCCCGCCCGCCCCCAUCCAUCGCCGUCCCCGGUUAUCCCUCAUCGCGUUCCUGCCGUCCGUCUCGGGGGCAAUCAUUGGGUUUCGAGGGGCGUGAUAUGAUCUCCUGGCAUGGUUCAUCCUAGGUUCCUGGUUGCUUGCUCGGGCUCCAAGCUGUGCUUCAUCUCCAGUUGCCACGGCAGCUAGCUAGCUCUGGGGGAGAUGGCAUCACCAGUGGUGGCGAGAUGGGGGAAUCGGAUGGGGUCGAGCCCGGUUAAAGCUUGUGGUUCUCCCCUACCGGUGGUGAUCGGUUCUGGUUGAUGAUUUCUCGAUUUGGCGUAUUGGUUGGUUACUGAAAAGAAAAGCAAGAUACUGAAGAGAGCCAUCAGAAGGAAUUGGAUAGGUGUUGGGCUUUGAUUUUGCUGAGUAGCGUAGACUGGUUGCAAUGGGUUUACCUCAAGUUUCUCCAGCCAGGGAGGAUGUCUCGACAGGGCCGAGGACGCCUGUGUCAAGCCCUCAGCAUUUUGGGGGCGUUGGUGCCUGUGAUUUGGAUGGGCUUCCUCGAGGAAGCUCGAGCAGCAAGGUUACAUACCCCUCGUUGGGUGGUAAUUUCAGUAGACAGACUGCAUCAGAUGUCCCGGAUGAAUCAGACAGGUAUUUUCGAGGCAACCAUGCCUUUGAUGGACCUGCUGGACUCCGAGGACUAAAAAUUGGUUUUGGAGAUGCAAAUUCUAGAUUUUCUCAUGAGGCUGCUGUGCAUAUGCCCACAAUGAGGGUUGUGGGCUUUCAAUCAGGCUCUGCUGGAGAUUCUGAUACAGCAGAAUUAGACAUGAUGAAUCCAUCUGUACACACUGAUAAUUGUGGUUCGCUAUUUGAUCAGCAUGAACUUCAGGCAAGGAAAAGACUGCUCUCUCCGUUAAAGAAUGUGCUCCCUAGAAAGUUCCACGGUGAUAUGCUGAAUAUUGGCCCCGUUGAUACUAGCUUUCAGCCUUCUGAGUUAGGCAGGAAACUUUGCAGUUCUGGCUUCCAAGAUAAUAAAAAGGCAAAUACUGGAAGCCUCAAUUCUUUUGAGUCACAGGCCUGUCCAACCCCUAGAUACUCUAGUCGGAGUUCAGACUGGGAUGUCAAUAAAAUUAAUUGUAAUUAUUUCACCGAUGGUCCUUUACUUGGGAAGAAGGAAACAUUGUCCUACUAUGAUCAUCUAGCUGCCAGUGCAAAAUUAGCACACUCUCCACUCUCUCUGUCUCCACUCAGCCCUAGACGUAUGCACAAAGUUAAGAUUGCAGGAUCUCAAAGGCAUAUAAUGAGAGAUAUUGAAAGCGAUUAUCUAGAUUUGAAGGAAAAUGGAAGUGGGGAUGAAAUUAGGAUGCUAGAUGUGUUAGAAGAAACUAACAGAUUACAUGAUGCUAUGACCCCUAAAAGAAGUUCAUGUAGAAGAUAUCAAAACUGGGGCUCUGAAUCUUGUCCUACGUCUCCUCGAGUAGGUUACGGACGGAGUUUGAGUCUCCCUGUAAGGAGGUCAUUAGUUGUCUCCUUUGAGGAGUCCCUUUUAUCUGGCCGGCUUUCUUAUGGAAAAGAUAACCAGAUACUUGAUGGUUUUUUAGCUGUCCUGAAUAUUGUUGGUGGUAGCUUCUCUCCUCCAACUCAGAAACUUCCAUUUGCAGUAACAAGCAUAGAUGAAGAUAGCUCCUUGUUGUACUAUUCUUCUAUUGAUCUUGCUGGGAGAUUGUCUGCAAGUGCAACCAACAGCAAUAGCCCCAAACUGCACAGAAACCUUAGUAACAAUGAUUCACGGUCAGCAAAAAGUCGCCUACGCAUCCCUGCUAAGGGACGCAUACAACUGGUUGUGAGCAACCCGGAGAAGACACCAAUUCAUACUUUCUUCUGCAACUAUGACUUGACUGACAUGCCAUCUGGAACCAAGACAUUCAUGCGGCAAAAGGUCACUCUGUCUCCCACUGUUUGUCCCUCUAAUAUAGUGAAAGAAGAAAGCAAGACCAGUGUCGGUGACACUAAUGUUGGCCCCAAAGCUCAGUCUGUCUCGUGUGGAAGUGAACUUGCGCAAGGAGCUGUAUGCUCGGAAUACUGCAAUGGACAGAAGGCCAACUCAACUGAUGGAUCAGUAAAAAAAUGCACAAACAUUAAAUGUUACUCACUGGACAGUGACAUGAAGGAAUCAUAUAAAUCUACUCCUCCUGUGAAUAAGAAAAACAAUAGUGAUUCUGACGAUUGUUGCUGCCAGAUGGAUGACAUUCACUCAGGUGCAAAUAAAUCUUGCUGUGCGUCUUCUAAGAUUAAUGACAGUUCAGGUGUAGGCGUGCUUCGUUAUGCUUUGCACCUGCGAUUUCUCUGCCCUGCCUCUAAGAAAUCCUCAAAAUCCAUGCUGAGAUGCAAAUCCGACCCGUUAUCUGUGCCGUACAGCGGCAAUACAGUGACCGAGGAGCGGAGAUUCUAUUUGUACAACGAUCUUAGAGUCGUAUUUCCUCAAAGGCACUCAGAUUCAGAUGAGGGCGAGCUGCGAGUUGAACACGACUUCCCUGCUGAUCCCAAGUACUUCGACAUAAGCAACUGAAAACCUGCUCGGGUGCCAUCUUGUAUAGCCUGCGACUGUGGCACAUGGAAAAAACAAGAAGGAAAAACUGUGUACAUAUUUUUUUUAUGCUCACUAACUUCAGUCGUCAUGUGUUCACGAUCUUCAGCAAAUUGCACAGGUUUAAUCUUCCAAUAAAAUCCCUCAUUUAGUUCUACUUUCA